GGUUUCACAUAUGGCUCUUCAGGAGUUCUAAAUAUGUUGCGAAAGUUUACUAAUGGAGUAUAAUUGCUAAGGCCAGGGCAAACUAGAUUUGCUACUGCUUUUAUUACACUGGGAAGGAUUCAUCUUCAGAAAGCCAACAUUAGAAAAAUAUUUACUUCGGAAAGUUGGACAACUAGUAAAUGGGCUAAAGAGGUGAAAGGCAAAAAGUAUGAAAGGACGGUUUUGAGUCCUGCCUCUUGGAAUCAUGUUGUUUAUGCUCUUAAGGUUUCCGGUCCUCUUGUUCGUGUGCUUCGACUUGUUGAUAAUGAAAAAAAACCAGCUAUGGGAUAUAUUUAUGAAGCCAUGGAUAGGGCUAAAGAAGCCAUUGCCAACUCACUCAAUGGCAAUGAAGAGAAAUACAAGAGCAUUUUUGAGAUUAUUGAUGCGAGAUGGUCACUUCAAUUGCAUCGUCCUUUGCAUGCUGCUGGAUACUUUUUGAAUCCUGAAUUUUUUUAUCCAAAUAAGAUGAGAAUUGAAUCUGAUGAAGAGGUCAAUAUAGGAUUGCUUUCGUGCAUUCAUAAAAUGGAAAAAAAUUUAGCAAAAGUUGACAUAAUUCUUGAUGAAAUUGAGAAAUACAAGGCAGCUGCAGGGACCUUUGAUUUUCCUUCAGCUAUUAGAGGAAGAACAACCAAAUCUCCAGCUGCUUGGUGGAAAACAUAUGGUUCUUCAACUCCAAACCUACAAAAGUUUGCUGUAAAGGUUCUGAGUCUCACAUGUAGUGCAAGUGGUUGCGAAAGAAAUUGGAGUGUAUUUGAGCAUUAAGAAAAGAAAUCGGCUAUUUCAAGAACGCUUGGACAAUUUGG